AUGCCUGCAAUCAUAUUCAGUAUAGUCGCAGGGCAAGACAAGGGAGACCCCACAGUCCUGGCGCGCCUGCCCACACCAGGCCGUGCACGCCUGCCCACACCAGGCCGUGCACGACUGCCCACACCAGGCCGUGCACGCCUGCCCACACCAGGCCGUGCACGACUGCCCACACCAGGCCGUGCACGACUGCCCACACCAGGCCGUGCACGACUGCCCACACUAGGCCGUGCACGACUGCCCACACCAGGCCGUGCACGACUGCACACACCAGGCCGUGCACGACUGCCCAUACCUGGCCGUGCACGACUGCCCACACCAGGCCGUGCACGACUGCCCACACCAGGCCGUGCACGACUGCCCACACUAGGCCGUGCACGACUGCACACACCAGGCCGUGCACGACUGCCCAUACCUGGCCGUGCACGACUGCCCACACCAGGCCGUGCACGACUGCCCACACCAGGCCGUGCACGACUGCCCACACCAGGCCGUGCACGACUGCCCACACCAGGCCGUGCACGACUGCCCAUACCUGGCCGUGCACGACUGCCCACACCAGGCCGUGCACGACUGCCCACACCAGGCCGUGCACGACUGCCCACACCAGGCCGUGCACGACUGCCCAUACCUGGCCGUGCACGACUGCCCACACCAGGCCGUGCACGACUGCCCACACCAGGCCGUGCACGACUGCCCACACCAGGCCGUGCACGACUGCCCACACCAGGCCGUGCACGACUGCCCACACCAGGCCGUGCACGACUGCCCAUACCUGGCCGUGCACGACUGCCCACACCAGGCCGUGCACGACUGCCCACACCAGGCCGUGCACGACUGCCCACACUAGGCCGUGCACGACUGCACACACCAGGCCGUGCACGACUGCCCAUACCUGGCCGUGCACGACUGCCCACACCAGGCCGUGCACGACUGCCCACACCAGGCCGUGCACGACUGCCCACACCAGGCCGUGCACGACUGCCCACACCAGGCCGUGCACGACUGCCCACACCAGGCCGUGCACGACUGCCCAUACCUGGCCGUGCACGACUGCCCACACCAGGCCGUGCACGACUGCCCACACCAGGCCGUGCACGACUGCCCACACCAGGCCGUGCACGACUGCCCACACCAGGCCGUGCACGACUGCCCACACCAGGCCGUGCACGACUGCCCAGACCUGGCCGUGCACGACUGCCCACACCAGGCCGUGCACGACUGCCCACACCAGGCCGUGCACGACUGCCCACACCAGGCCGUGCACGACUGCCCACACCAGGCCGUGCACGACUGCCCACACCAGGCCGUGCACGCCUGCCCACACCAGGCCGUGCACGCCUGCCCACACCAGGCCGUGCACGCCUGCCCACACCAGGCCGUGCACGCCUGCCCACACCAGGCCGUGCACGACUGCCCACACCAGGCCGUGCACGCCUGCCCACACCAGGCCGUGCACGACUGCCCAUACCUGGCCGUGCACGACUGCCCACACCAGGCCGUGCACGACUGCCCACACCAGGCCGUGCACGACUGCCCACACCAGGCCGUGCACGACUGCCCACACCAGGCCGUGCACGACUGCCCAUACCUGGCCGUGCACGAUUGUAG